CCAAACGGCAGGGGGCAGUAGAGAAAGUAAAAGCGGUUACACAUUAUUCACUUCCUGUUCGAAGGUUAAAACGUGAAGCAAGAAAAAUGGCCGAGGGAGCAACAACCGAGGACUACCCGCAGGAGAUAGACGAACAGCUGACCACGUUCGAUUCCUCGGUGAAUGCGGUGAAAACCAUGCUGGAGAAGCUGAUGUCCAUGUCCAGAAACGACCUGCUGCAGAAGCUGGAUCCUUUGGAGCAAGCCAAGCUGGACCUGAUGUCUGUCUAUACUCUUAAUUCAUUGUUCUGGAUGUAUCUGGUGACAAAGGGAAUAAACCCAAGAGAACAUGGAAUCAAGCAGGAGCUGGAGCGCAUAAGGACUUACAUGAACAGAGUCAAAGAGAUCACCGACAAGAAGAAAGCGGCGCGGCUAGACAAGGGAGCCGCUUCGCGUUUCUUGAGGAACGCCCUUUUUGAUCCCGACGACAAAGAGUUAAAAAAAGCUGCGUCCAAGAAGCCAGCGGAUGCUGCCUCUGAAGCCCCACAGAGAAAACGCCCCAAACAGAGCUGAGCCUGAGGAAGAGCCGCUAUGUCUGCUCUCAUUACAUGAUUUUCCUGAAGGUUAAGGAAGCAAAUGAUCAAACUGUUAAGAUGAUGAGUUUGAUUAUCUUAGCAGUUUGAUCAUCAAGAUGAUCAGUUUGAUCAUCAAUUUGAUCAUCUUAGCAGAGACGGCAAAUAUUUGUCUCACUUUAGUGGAGUUCAUUUGGAAAUCAGCCCUUGGACGUCGAUCGUCUAAUCUUCACCGGCUGUUGAAGAGAUAAACAAAAUGCUAAUUCAUCUGCUUGGCUUGUCGAGUUGUGCUGCUGUUGAGACGUUACUUUAGAUCCCUUUGCUUACUACAGACAGUAUCUCUUUAAUUUGAAGUGAAUUCUAUGAAUGCACUUCAAAUAUAUGUAUAUUUUUAAUUCUUCUGUUCAUUGUAGGUUGUUUUUAUUCAGUCAUUCUUUUUCCUGUAUUGAUUAAAAACAUUUUUCUUUUCCUUCAUGAGAUCUGAAGAGACGUACUCUUUAAAAAAAAGAUUUAUCAUUGUGUUUCGGGUGCUUGUGUUGUGCUUUUUGCCCCACGUUUAUUCAUUUCUGAAGUCUCCAAAUAAUACAAGAAAAUAAUGUAAUUCAAUCAGA